GCAAGUACUUUCUGACCGAGAUGUGGCAGAUUUUGAAGAUAGAAGGAUGCUGGAUGAUUUCGUUGAUGUGACUAAGGAUGAGAAGGAGAUGAUGCACAUGUGGAACUCGUUCGUGAGGAAGCAACAAGUAUUAGCAGAUGGUCACAUUCCAUGGGCAUGUGAGGCGUUCUCAAGAUUACAUGGACCAAUCAUGGUUCAAAGACCCGAUUUGAUCUGGGACUGGAGAAUGUUUAUGGUGAAACUAUGGAACCACGGUCUUCUUGACGCCCGUACCAUGGACAAGUGUUAUGUCAUUCUUGAAGAGCUCCAAACUGAAGAUCCACAAACAACUGUUUAAAUAGAAGAGAAAUGCCAACCUUAAAAAAAAUGAGAGAGAAGAACAAUUUUAGGUUUAACAUCAAAAAAAUUCACAUUUCUUUAUUCAGGAGUUUAUUAUUUUGCUUUACAUAUAAAAGAUUUGGUAAUAUUACAUUUA